UUUCGCUUUCACACCCAACAAACCAACAACGACGAUGGCUGCCGCACAGCACAAGCCCACUGCCGGAUCUGUCUGCCUUGAACCAAUCACGGCGUUGCUGAGCAACUAUGAAGUGUACACGAUCGUCUCGGCAGUCACCAAUGGCACCUGGUCGCUGGCUGGCGGCUCGAGUGCCCAGCCCGCUCCUGCUGGAAGCGCCUCGGCGCAGCCAACGCACAUCCAAGCCCUGCACACGAUUGCCUACGAGGUCCGACAGUACUUGGCAGAAACGCCAUGCCAUGUGCAAAAUAAGCAAAGCAUUGAGGCUUUUGUCAAGGCCGUGCAGCCAUUCCAGCUCACCAAGGGCGAGAUUCUGCAAUUGAUCAAUCUCCGUCCCGCGACCCUGCCUGCAAUGACACCGCUUGUGGAGGAAAUCGAAGAGCGCUUGACGGAGGACCGGAUAAACCAGUUGCUCGAAUUGAUUCAACAGCUGCUACCAGAGCCACCCACAGAUGCAAUGGAGAUGGAAUGAAACUAUUAAAGCCUGCUUAUUCAGCCCAUAUUAGACGAUUGCACUACUGCACCGCGUGGUCAGACCCGCCAUCUUCACAACAAUCACAGCAUCGUUGUAAUUUUUGCUCUUUUACCUGUAUUUAUACCAUGCUCCAUUUGCA